UCAGGAGAUGCAUGAGACGCAAUGACAGUUCAUUUGGGAAUGAAGUUUUCAACCUUCGAUAGGGAUAAUGAUUUGUGGGUUGACGGUAACUGUGCGGCAAAAUAUAGUGGUGCUUGGUGGCAUAAAUAUUGCGUACAUUUCAACGCUUUUGGACUCUAUUUGGGUGGCGAUUAUAGCGAUGAAUUGUAUGGAUCGGGAAUGUUUUGGAAGCAUUUUGGCGGCUUUACUAAUUCUUUAAAAUCAAUUAUAAUGAUGAUCAGACCUACUGCUUAAGAAUUG